AUGGGGAGCAAACCUGGAAAUUCGCCACUACCAUCCCAAGCCCCGAACGCACCUCGCAGGUCCGCUAGAAAACGUGUCUUUGACAAGACCCAACACGAUAGCUAUGACGCUACUUUUUCCACCGCCCGGUCCCGCCGAAGGAUGCAGGUUCAAAUGGCUAUUGCAAGCGGCGAUGCGCCAGUUAUCGACCUGACAGGUCAAGCCAACCCCCCUACGGCUCAAGCUUCUCCGCGUAAACGGAGGAAGAGAGCGGCUUCCCCUUCUGUUGAGAAAGAGGAACGCAGACGACGCGUAUUCCGAAAGCAUCCACCUCAGUCCUAUUUACAGAAGCUUUUUGUUGUUGACCGCAAGAGGGAUGGCACGGAAGAUGUGCCAAUGGAGAAGGUGCAGAUUGUCGGGACUACUGGGAAUUUAUAUGAGGUCGUGAUUGGGCUUGUUCCUCGGUGUACUUGUCCUGAUUCCCAAAAGGGAAAUCAAUGCAAGCAUAUCAUUUAUGUCCUCCACAAUGUGCUCAAAGUAACUGGGCAUCUUGAGUACCAGUUGGCCUUCCUGUCGUCCGAACUUCGUGAGAUUUUCGCGAACGCUCCGAUAAACACCCAUGACGACGCGACGAAGGAAAAUGAGUCUGGGAAAAGAAGGCCCAUCGAGGGCGACUGCCCAAUAUGUUUUAUGGAAUUUGAGCCCGAGACAGAGGAAAUCGUCUGGUGUAAAGCUGCCUGCGGAAAUAAUAUUCACAAAGCUUGUUUCGGGCGGUGGGCGGCAACCCAGCAAAGUAAUGGAGUCCGUUGCGUUAUUUGUCGCUCCGCGUGGGAAGUAGAUGCUCCCAUGCAACAGCUUUUGGCCAACGGCAUAGUUAAUGACGAGGGGUAUGUAAAUGUUGCUGCCCAGCUUGGAUUGUCUGGUGAACGAGACCAUUCGACCUAUCACCAGCCAUGGUCUCGUGGACGGUACUCUCGGUACUACCGUUAA